UUCAAAAUGGCGUCUGCAGGUGCGAGUCCUGGCAGAUCAAAAAAGUCAGUUCGCUCACCAAGGACACCCCAGUCCCGUAAGAAUGCUGGAGAUAGGAGUCAGUUGAAUAACAGCUUUGAAGAAAACAUGAACAACAACAGCUUCAGCAAGAAAUCUUCCAAAUCUCCAGAUCUCCCAAGCAUCAAUGAAAGAUUGGGUCAUCUUCGUCCCUCGCGAGAGCUGCUGGAGUACUACAGGAAGAAGAUAGCCGAGUAUGAUGAUGAACAUGAUCAAGUUGUGUGUAAACUGGAGGAAUAUAAAGUCACAUAUGAGGACCAGCACAAGAUGCAGUGGGAGUUGCGGCAGCGGGAGGAGGAGAUUGUAGAGUUGCAGAAGGCUCUCAGCGACAUGCAGAUCUACUUGUUCCAGGAGAGGGAGCAUGUACUCCGACUCUACUCAGAAAAUGAUCGGCUCAAGAUCCGGGAGCUGGAGGACAAGAAAAAGAUUCAACAGUUGCUGGCCCUAGGGACGACACCUGACAGUGAGAUCACAUACUUCAUGAAGGAGCCUCCAGCUAAAGCCAUUGUAGAACAGAAACUGCCAAGGAAGGCAGGUAACCAGGACAACCGGACACACCAUCAGCAGCACAAAUUAAAGAAGAAACAGGUAGCACUGAGUGACCGAAGGACGUCGCUGUCGCCAGACCCAGAGGCCAAGUAUCAGCAUGACAACCAGGCCUUGUGUCUUCAGGUGGAGGCCCUCCAGGCCCAGAUGGAGGAACAGGCCAAGCUGGCGAAGGAACAGGCUGAGGCCAUGCUGGAGGCAAGGGUCAAAGAAGAAGAGUUCGAGACUCGCAGACAGCGGGAUGAGGACAAGAUCAGAACUCUCACUGAAAAAUUGCAUAAGACACAAGACUUGCUGUAUGACAGUACGAAAGACUUCCUGGAACUACGCUACCAGGGUCGAGCCAAUGAGCGGGGAUGGAUGGCCGAGAAGGAUGACUUACUUCGUGAGAUGGACGAGUGUAAACAGAGGCUGACUACCAGCGGGAAGGACACGGUCAUCAACGUCACUGAUGCAGGUUACGAGAGAGGCCACUAUGCUGAAGAACUUCAGUCCCUGGAGUACCAGCUGCAGCAGUCCCAGAAGGGGGACAUGUACCGGGAACAGGUCAUACAGCUGGAGGACGAGCUGUCACGCAUCAGGGAGGAGGGUGACGUCACGCGGGAGAUAUUCAAGGAUCGCAGCGACAAGAUGACGAAGCGGCUGCAGCUGAUGAACCAGCGUUACGCAGACCUGGAACGGCGGCGCAACCUGGAGGUCGAGGGCUUCAAGAAUGACAUAAAAAAUCUCAGAAGCAGACUGAAAGAUGUCGAGAAACAGCUGUAUAAGGUUACUCUGGGCUUCACUGAGGACAUGGACAUUCAAAGGCCGGACGAUCUGGACUUGCAGGUUCUCCGGAAUGUCCGCUUCACGGCCAGCAAGUCCAAGAAGAUGAUGGGGGAGCUGAAGAACCUCAAGGCCAAAGUUUACGGACUUGAAAGUGACCUCAAACACUUGUGACAUCGUUGACAGACUUUUAACAAGUUCAUUCCAUAAGUUAUUGCUCUCCAACCACUGUGAUAUGUCAGGUCACUUGCUGAUCAAUCAAAACAAAGACCAUGGUUUUGUUAGCUGUACCAUUUUAAUGUCAUAAUCUGAUAGCUUUCUGUGUCUUGCUGAAUCAGCUCAAUCAACUCACUUCAAGUUUGGGGGCGGUGGGGUAGUCUAGUGGUUAAAGCGUUGGCUAGUCACGCUGAAGACCCGGGUUCGAUUCCCCACAU